AUGCAUUUACAUUCAAAUUUACGAAAAAGACCACAGGGAGAACAUAUUUUUAUUUUUAUGAAGAAAAAUUUUAAUAAUAUAUGUAAAAGAUAUAUAGCAUCCCAACCCUUAGGAAUUAAUAUACCGGAGCCCCCACCAAGAGAAUUUUUGCCAAAUGGAGAACCAAAAAAAUACCGACUGAAUCAAAGAUAUUAUAACCAUAAAUAUGAUUGGGAAAGAUGGUCGUUAAGACCAGCUGGGGUGUUUCAUACAUAUUUAUAUGGAGAGUUUGCAAAAGAUCAUAAGCCUUUAUUAGCAUGGUUACUACAAUACCCUUUACCAUUAGCUUUUAUUCCUUACUUUUUGUUUGCCUUUGGCUUAUCUUUUGCCUUUCAUCAUAUAUCAUACCUUGGCAUAAAACCAAAGAGGUUUACCGUCGAAUGGGUUGAAGCUAACAAAGAAAGAGAGAGAGCUGAAAACACGAACCCCAUUACAAGAUACCUAGAUAGGAGAAGAAAAGAAAGAGGACCUCACUGGAUUCUUGAAGAUUUUUUACCGAGUCAUCCGUGCUACUUACAUAUGAGUAAAUAUCAUCAUGAUACGGAACUACUUAGAAAGCGACAAGAAGAAGCUGAAGAAAAAGACGGUGCAGAUGAAGAGGAUGAAGUGAAUGAAGCGGAAGACGAUGCUGCCAAGUGA